AUGGAACACGAGGUUUCUUAUAACUUCGAGGACGAGGACCAGUUUUGGACCGCUCUCGAAGAGACAAUCUCCCGAGAAUGCACUACCCAUGAUAGCAUCGACGAUACAUUGCGAUCCUACAUAGAACUCAUUGGGUUCUGUCGGGGACGCUUUCUUCUCAGCGACAAUGAUCUCGUUCGCUGUGCCUUCAAGCUCCAAGAGUCGUCACUCUUCGCGACCCACGCCGACUAUAUCCGCCGACAAUUCAUUCAGUGUCUGAUCGAGGAUGACGAGCCAAACGUCGUGCUAGUAUCAACGUCCUUCCUCAUCACCCAUGCGCAAUUACACGAAAGGACAUACGAGCUAUUGAACGACGAAGGGGCAUUCCCAAGAUUGAUCCAUCUCAUUUCGAGUCCGAAGCGACAUGACCACGAAGGAAUCCACAGACUGCUCAUGGAGCUGCUGUACGAGAUGUCGCGCAUACAAAAGAUUAAAAUAGGUGACCUGGCGCUUGUCGAUGAUGACUUUGUCAAGAUGUUGUUUGAGAUUAUCGAACAGGUUUCGGACGACGUCAAUGACCCAUAUCACUAUCCCACCAUUCGAGUUUUGCUUGUGCUCAAUGAGCAGUUCAUGGUUGCUGCUCACGACCCGGCCAAUGGUCAGGCUGCGGUCCCUCUUACCAACAAGGUGAUCAAGGUCUUGUCUGCCCACGGCAGUGAGUACAAGACCUUUGGGGAGAACAUUAUCCUACUGCUGAACCGUGAAGAUGAAACCUCGUUGCAGCUUCUGACCCUCAAGUUGCUCUACCUCCUCUUCACGACUCCCCCCACUUAUGAGUACUUCUACACCAACGACCUGCGUGUCUUGGUUGAUAUAUUGGUUCGGAACCUCCUGGAUCUGCCUGAAGAGGCAUCGUCCUUACGCCAUACCUAUCUUCGAGUUCUAUAUCCACUUCUCGAACAUACCCAACUACAAUAUCCUCCACAUUAUAAGAGGGACGAAAUCCGCAAAUUAUUGGUUGUCUUGGGCGGGGGCAAUCUUGCAGAUCAAAACGGCUCCCAUGAGGGUUUGCAGCAUUGGGGCCAUUUUGACGAUGUUGACGAGACAACUAAACGGCUCGUUAAGCGAUGCGAAGGAGUUAGUUGGCUCAUUGAUCCGGAAACUGAGCCUCCGGUACAAGCAGAAUCUCCAAUUGAUGAAGGAGCCUCUGAUAUAUCAUCGCCAACCUCUCCGUCAAAAGCACUCCCACCGGCCCUUCCAGCACCUCGGAAAUUGAAGAAACGAAACUCGUCCAAAGGCUCCACAUUGACCAUUGGUCAGUAUCUCACCCCUCGACUCGAAGGAGCCCGACAAUCCAGUUUGAGUAUGAUGGAGGUUGCAGCGCAAAGAGAAAAACCAGGAGUUAUCACCCCAAGUAGGAACCCUGGACUGAAAAAUAAUCUUCGGGCAGUUAUAAUGCAAAAGAAGGAGAAACCUCCACCGCCUCAAGCCAGGAGAUCUGCCUUUACGCGUAUGAAGGCGGAAAGAAUGGAGAGCGAUGCCGAAAUUGCGAAGAUAGAGCUACCGAAAGCAGAGCCUGCGCCAAAGGUGGAGGCUGAAGCUCGUACUCAAUCCAACAACCAUCACCAUCGUCACCCCCCUAUUCCCUUCCAUCACCACCAUCACCAUCAUAAGGACCAUGGUGUAGCCUCUUCAUCGGUGGCGGCGGAGGAGAAAGAUCAAGAAAAGGCUCAGCCGCCUCCUAUCCCCUCUCAUCAUAAGGGCCACCAUUUUGGCAAGAAGCCCCCACCUACGCCAAAAGCACGGCGCAGGCGUGGUAGGGAGGGUAGUGGUGAUAGCACAAGAGAACCAGGCAAAUUCAGCUCCAAUCUGCCGUCCAUUGUCACAACGACAGCAACCGGCCAAAGAAUUGUGGAACAAUCCCCCUUCUCACCGGUGGAGAAGGCCUUCAGCCCCUCGGAGCCGGACUCCGCCUCAACAAUCGACAGUCGCAUGAAGCUCCCUGUCAGUGAGGCGCUAGAACAGGCACAAGCAACAGCCCUGGCACAAAUUGAGGAGUCAUUGGAGCACGUCGAGCUCAAAGAGGACGUCCCGGGAGACCUGUCGGUAGCAGAGGGGAAGCCGGAGUCGCCCACAGCGAGAGAAGGUCAGCAGAACGAUGCUGCACCUAACAACUCACAUGAUCUUCCCCAAGAGGAGGACCUGGUAGACAGGAAACAAGACCGACCAGGCAUGUCCCGCGCGCAUUCCCAGGAAGAGAUCGACCAGCAGUUUCACGAUGCUGUUCCCAAUCAGCCGCUCUCGCAAUCUCAAUCUCAAACACACUCUCCGACACCAUCCAUAUUUCUCACCCAAUCCCAAACAUUAUCUCCGUACCCGACUGCUGGAGGGACGACCACGCCUCCCGAUCCAAUAACACCUUCCGUCACCAUUACCAUGGCCACUGGGACGGCAGGAGUCGAUACAAUGCAGCCAACUCAGACACAGCCACAGCAAAUGUCCAGGAUGGUCCUCACCCCGCCUGCGCAAGAGCCGUCUCGGGGAGUCCCAGGCCCACAGUAUGAAUUGGAAAGGAGCCCGUUCCUGACCGACGAGGAGGUCGAGGAAGAAGAGAUGGAUCCCGUCGACGAAGAUGAACGCGAAAGCGAACGCGAACGGGGACGAUGA